GCUCGCACAAAGACUCCUAAAUCCAUCCCGAAUGAGUUUCACUAUGUUACCUAUGUACAGAGAACAGAGAACAUAGUUUGGGCUCCUAGACUCUGGUGCCCUUGGGGCUUUUUGAGAGUUUCCUAUGAAGAGAAUGAUUCGGAGAGGGGAACCAUGCAAUUUAUGAUCUAUACAUCUCCGCCUGAAAUCAUGGAAUCUGAUUACUUUCUUUACGAUUCCAUCAUCCCUGAGACGGAAUUUAAGGACAUUGGAGUUGAGGACGAGGUGAUUCACCUAUCUUCCACCUCUGACGCGAAGAAGGAGGACGAGGUCAUCGUCAUCCUCAGCGAUGACGAUGAUGCCGAUGUUGCCCCGGUCAGAGAUAUGAACGCGGUUAUCGUCCUUGACUCUGAUGAAGAUUCACUGUUUGGGAGCGAGGAAGAUGGCAGUUUUGAGGAUGUAGAGGGGUUCCACGCGUCUUCCUAUCACUUCUACGGCCAAACAUGGAAGCCUUUCCUAAAGAUAGAAAUUGUCCGUCUUCUUCGCUUCUCCAGGCUGACUUCUUCAUCGCGCAAGAUUCUUCACCAAAAAAUAAGCUGAUUUUUCGAAUUAUUUCUGCGCCAAAAGAAAGGAAUUCUACACCGACGAAAAGUCUCGAAAUUUUGAAAAUCCCUGAUUGCAAUCUGAAAUUUUCAAGGAUUCAAGAACUAGGCCUACUCUUUGGGAUAAGACUGUUAGUGAAUAUAUGAAGCAAAAAAAAGAACAAUUAAUGGCUGGUCAUUGUUGGUGUUUCCACUUCAAACUUGGUGAAGCAUUACUCAAGUAAGGGUUUUUUAGGGUUUUUUAUCUUGAACUCUGCCUCUUUGAUUCUCAUUGUAUAUUUUUGGGAUGAAUACACAUAUAAUGACUUAAAACAGCCCUGAUUCUUCUCUCUGUCCUGAAUGUUUGUCACUGCAAAUGUUGAUUUUAGUAAGGAGGGACAAUGAGCAUGUUGUUUAUCUGCAUUCAUCACAUCUAGGAGGCCUUAUAUGCAUAAAGAACUGCAAUAAACUGUCCACUUAAGCAUAUUUAGGGGCUGAUUUCUUAGUUUUUAAACCGGGCCAGUUUGGAAUGCAUUUAUCUUCCUGAGAUUCUGCAUAUUUUAAGCACUCCAGUUUAUUAGUGUUCUCCCUUCUUCUGCUGACUCAACAUCACAGGUAUAUAGUCCUUUUUUUUCACUAUAAGACCAACAAAUUCAAUCGAGAUGGUCUUCGUGGAUGAACAUUUUACUUUAAAAAGUUUAUUUUUAGGUACUCUUGCAUUAAAUUAAUUAUAGAGAUCCUU